ACUACAGUCGUGAUCGGUCAGCGUCCCGCGCACAUGGAGCACGUACGCACAAAAGUCUAUAACAAGCUCGAGCCCAUUAUUGGGAUUUUAAAUUAUUGUAAUCGUUCAAUUGAAUAGUUCGUUGUUGAUUUUGUUAUAUGUCGUAUGCGUUGUAAAAGUUUAAUGUGCUGGAAAAAUUCGGUUUAAUUGGGCGGCUCGUGGGCGAACGGACUCUCGUCUGUCGUAGCCCGUACCUAUACAGCUGUUGUAUACAGCGUGUAACGCAAAGAUCUGACAGUAUGGUGCUGCAUUCCUAGACUUUUAAGUAUCGGAUAAGUCACUAUAUCGGCAUCACUAUGAUUGGAAUCCGGGCUUUGUUGCGUUUUAAAACCACCGAUUGUAAAAAAGAUUUGGGUACCGUAUUUAAACAGAUGAAUAGAGAUACCAAGAAGUUAUUCGGUGAUCUGUUGGAAACUAGCACAACUCGAAAACAGCGUUUGAAAUUGGCAGAGAAAAUCGUGGGCGACGAGAAGGAAAAAGAAAAUAAUUACCUUAAUCGAUUAAAGUCAAAGAUCAAACCCACGACGGAAGAUGAUAUCAAUGGUAUGGUGAAUGAUUCAAAGCAGAAUUUAAACCAAGAAUACUACGGUAAGCUCACCAUCGAAGUGCCUUCCGAAAUGAUUAUUCACGAAACCCCAAAGCGUGAUUUACCUUCAGUAACAAACAUUCUUAAUACCACAAUGUCAGAGAAGUCAAAAGCAGCUUUAGAAAAUUGGAAAAAAAGUAUGAUUGAAAAGAUGGGAGAAGAUGGUUUUAAUAAAUACAGCAAAGAACUAAUGGCUAUGGGAAGUGCUAUGCAUAGUAAAAUACGGUCACAUUUAACCGGCUGCCCAUCGGACAUAAGCCAUUACGACGAAGUAGAAAACUGUUGGAAAAGUUUGGAUGCAGUUAUAAAAAACGUUUCGAAACCGAUUUUGGUGGAAAAAAUGGUCGUACACGACGGAUUGUCGUACAAAGGCAUCGUGGACUGCGUUGCGUUUUACAAAGAUACUCCUGUCGUAAUCGAAUGGAAGAAGUCGUCACGUGAUAAAUCGAGUUUGCAGGCGACGUACGAUGCGCCUAUUCAAUUGGCGGCUUAUAUGGGAGCCGUGAAUAACGAUAAUUCCUACGACUUUAAGGUCGAAGAAGGAUUAGUAGUCGUCGCGUACAGCGACGGUCAUCCGGCCAAUGUUUUUAAACUGACAAAACAGGCUUGCCUCGAUUAUUGGACGAUUUGGAUGAAAAGACUGAAUAAAUACAAACAAAUUCAAAGUAGUUUUAAAUAA